CAGUGUGAACGUAACGCGCACGGUUACUAUACAGCGUAGAGUCUAACCUACUCGUACUCGCCGACGCCGAAGAAGUCUUUCUUUUCAGAUCGUACCUUCGUAGAUUAACACUCCACGAUGGGCAAAGGAAAUAAUAUGGUGCCCAAUGGGCAUUUCCAUAAGGACUGGCAGCGGUAUGUCCGCACCUGGUUCAACCAGCCCAUGCGAAAAAUCCGCAGAAGGACCAAUCGCAUCAAGAAAGCACGCUCUGUUGCCCCAAGGCCAGUUCAGGCUUUCAGACCAUCAGUACACUGCCCAACCCAGCGUUACCACAAGAAGGUCAGGGAAGGUAGAGGAUUCACCCUCGCUGAACUUAAAGCUAGUGGGCUCAACAAACGCUAUGCCCAGACCAUUGGCAUCGCUGUCGAUCCCCGCAGAAGGAACAAGUCAAUUGAAAGCCUUCAACGAAAUGUCCAAAGGCUAAAGGAAUAUAAGACAAGACUUAUUUUGUUCCCUCUGAAUCCCAAAAAGAUCAAGAAGGGAGAGACUGAACAGUCACAAGCUGUAACUCAAAUUAAGGGCAAAGUGAUGCCAGAGGGUAUUAAGGCUCCAUCCGCCAAAUCAAUGGCCCGAGUCAUCACUGAAGAUGAAAAGAAAUUCAAUGCUUAUGUUGCAUUGAGAGUUGCCAGAGCUGACGCUCGUCUUGUUGGCAUUAGAGCAAAACGUGUCAAGGAUGCAUCUGAAAAUCCAGAUGAUGUUACUAAAGUCAAAGACAAAAAAUCAAAAAAAUAAGUUCAUUGACAUUGUAAUAUAUUUAUCUAAUAAAUUACGUUUUUGAACACCUGA